UCCCCUGUUUCCGCAGAGGAAGAGCUUUUCUCGGCUGUGCUUGGUUUAAAAUCUUCGUUGCCAAGACAUCGCCAACAGAUUACAAGUAUGUCCACUUUAAUGAGCUGACUUUAACCAAAUGGCUAACACGCUUGGUCUAUUUCUUUCCCGUGUAUUCGUUCCACGCCAUGUCUCCUGUGUUAUGCUCUUCAUCUCCUUGGCCCACACUCAGAACCUUGCCGUAUUCCAGCCGUCACGCCUGACUGCGACCGGCCCCGAGGUCCGUGCGCUUCUGCUGGGACACACGGCCGACACGUCGCUGACCCUGAGGCCGGUCUUUCCGUCCAACACCACAGGACUCAUUGGCUCUCCAUCAUGUAUAAAUAGUGUAACACAGUGGGAGGUCACAACGGAGCAGGCAGGAAAGAAUGCAGUUUGGGUUCAGCUGAGACUGGGAAAAAAUCUGCGCUUGUGUAGUAAGAAUGAGACCGACACGGACUGCUGUCCAAAGCUGCUGUGCGUCCUGGAGACUCUUCAGGUGUCGGCCUGUGUGGGCGGCACGCCUCGGGCAUCGCUGCUGAUCCAGGCCAAGAUACACGCCCUGUUGGUUCCUGCCAAUGCUGGAUCUGAUAAUAAAACAAUCCUUCCAAACCAAGUCUACCAGCCCCUGGGCUCUUGUCCCUGUGACCUCACAUUCAGAGCUUGUGAUGUACGCUGCUGCUGUGACAAGGACUGUUCCAUUGAAGAGGUGAAGCUGUUUGCUGCACACUGCCUCCCCGGGCCCUUUGGUGGACAGGCCCCUGCUACCCCUGGUUAUCAGUGCUCUGAGCAGUCCUCUGCAAUCUCCCCAGAUUGGUUUCCAUUUUUAUGUGUCAAUUCUCCACCUGAAAACAACCCUUACCUCGGGCUCUUUUACCAGGGAGACACAAUCACAUCAGAACCUGGCCCCUCCUUCCAAAGCCCUGUUUGGUCAGCUCCACUGCCAGUUCGUGCUUAUAUUCAAGGAAGUGCCAUUUUAUCAUUAAAUGACCAGCACUUCACUAUUCCACAGAAGGGGCUUGGACAGUGUGUAAACAAUGCUCCUGUAGCAUUUCUGGAAAAUUUCAACGUGAAUUGUGUAACUAUUCUACGCUCCUGUCCAGCUGGACUUCCCUUACAGACACGACCAACCGAUUUGAGUAUUACAUUGAAGGAUGGGAAAGGGGGCUAUGUUGCAGUGGAUGUAAUUGAUGAAGUCGCCAUUGACAUGAGUCUGUUUAUUUCAAACACUUUGGAUGACGGGCUGCUAUGUGAGAACGUGACCUUAGCGCUGGAUUACACAUUCUACUGGAAAGGAAAUGGCAUCACAAGUGUUACACUGACUCGCACUGUUGGGACGAUCACUUUAAAUACAAGUCUGGCGUUAACUACAAGGUAUUCCGCUGUGUUUCUAAAUGGAGGAUUAAUGAGUGAACCCAACUCAGGAAACCCAGGUUAUCAGGUGGGAAGACCUGUCAUUGCUGGAACUCUCGACACUUGGGACAAUAAUACAGGCUCAGUGCAGAGGACAUCACUGAACGUUUGGAAACCAGUGAGUGAUGGACUUUGUUCCACUACCGGGAUGAAACCAGUUCUGUUUGGGGAGAAUUCCACAUCAGGAUGUCUGCUGCCUGUCAGCCGACAGAACCUGACCCAGUGUGAUCUCCUCAGGGAUGCUGUUACUUCUCUCCAAGCUGCUUUGAUUACAGCCACCUAUGUGGCAAAGAGUGGAAAUCCAGAUCCUCUAAUAAUGACAGACUGGGUGAACAUAAGCUUUGUGACACUGAACUCAAGCACAACCAUGAAUGACACCCCAAGUUCAUGCAGUGGGGUUCCAUCCCACCAGCAUAUCCAUGUAUUGAGUCUUAUCACUGGCAUGGUAGAAGGCAGACCUCAAAGGGAUAUCCGUGCGGUGCUAGUCAGCUACACUCUCUCCCCUUGGGCCCUGGAUUGUGGAGGAGGGGAUGUCUCUCCAUGUAUGGACCCAUUGGAGACCAAGUUGUUCCCCAUCACCUCCUCAGUCACUUUUACUGACAUUCCCAUCAACACAGGACCACCAAAAACCAGGUUUCAGGUCAACUUUACAGAGUAUGACUGCAACAGAAAUGAUGUGUGUUGGCCUGAGCUUGGCUUUCCCAUGACAAAGUAUUACACAGGUGAACCAUAUUCUCAGUCAUUGGCUAAGGGCCUCAUCUUAGUUUUCUUCUUCAUCAUUGCCUCGAUUCUUGGGACCCCCUGGAGACUGAUCCGACAGGCAUGGACUUAAACCUCGGGGCAAAGCAAGAUAAUAUUUAAGUCACUGAAAUGUAAAUACAACUGUACAACAGCUGUUGAAAUGUAUAUUAUUGUACUGGUGUGCAAUUUUGUAUUAAACUAUUUUUUUC